UCCACUCGCGCUCACUUCCGGAUUGUAGUCGUCGCCGGUCGUUGUUCUGUACUGCUGUGUGACCUCGUGAUAUAAACAUUUCUCUGGAGCGUUGUUGCUAAAAGUUGUUUUAAACUAAUGCCUACUAAUUUAUACUAUCUUUAGUACACAACGUAUAUCUUCAGUAAUGUUCAUUUCGUUAAUAAGGCAGCGGUUAUGUCACGGGUUUUGGACGGUGUCGGUGCAGAGAUGUUCAAGAAACUUCAGCAGGGUUUUGUUUUCUCAGGCUUGCCGAACCUUUUCAGAUUCCCAUUCAACCAAGGACUUGAAUAAACCUGUAAAGCAAUGGGAUUUAUCUGUUAGUCCUUUCACCAAGAUCAAAUGUCAUUUAGGUUGUAACAUAUCCAUAAAACCACUGGAUCCACAUGUGUUUCCUGAGGCGGAUCGGGCAUUUAUUAAAGUGCAAAGGACAGAUGCGAAUCCAGAUCUUAAUCUGGACAGAUUUUAUGUUUAUUAUGAUCCUCAAAGCAGUGAACUUCAGAUUUUAGGCAAUGAGAUUAACAGUGAUGCAGUGUCUGUUGAACUGACAGCGCCUGUUAAAUGCGAUCUCCACAUCAAGACUAUAAAUAAGGGCAAUGUAAAUAUCGAGAAAAUGGAGAGUGACGUCUGCCACGUGCACACAGAUCAAGGACACUGCGUGCUGAACGCUAUGAAGGGUCAUGAAGUUCUGGUUCACUCCACAGGAGGAAAUGUCACUGGACUUGAGACCGUACAUGGAAAUGUUGAAAUCAAAGGAUUUAGGAAUAGUAAUGUUGAUCUCAAGAAAAUCCAGGGAACUUCUAUGAAUCUAUCUACUGAACAUGGACUUCUGAAAGUGAAGGCCAUCUACGGUGAAUCCACUACAGUGUCCACUUCCUCAGGGAAUAUCCAGAUUGGACAUAUACAUGGUGAAGCUGUUGUACAGAGUGAAACAGGAAACAUUGUUAUUGACAGUUCGAGUGGGUCUCUUAAAGUACAUACUGCUGCUGGAGACAUAGAUACUUAUGUGGGCCAUGAUGGCACAGCAGAACUUCACACACAACAAGGUACUUUGAGUUUACGUGUACCCUCUACUAUAAAGACAGGAGUGGAGUUAUGUGGCACCUCUGUUGACAUUAGUUCAGAGAUUUCAUGUCAGGAGACUGAACGCACAUCAUCUAAUGGGAAGAUGACAGUCACUGCUUAUUUGAACGGUGACAUGUAUGAAGAACGUUGGAUCAAAGCCACUGCUGAUAAAGGUGCCAUCAGUUUGAGGACGCAGAGCUGGUUUGAGACCCUCAGACUAGGAGCUGAAAGUUAAGCAGAUGACUGAUAACUUGUCUGUCUCGCUCAAUUGAGGAUUUAUACUGCAGCUUCUGUUGUAUCUGUCCAUGACAGCAUGCUUCAAAAUGUACAAAGAAUAGCACACUUUGCUCUGUUAAAAACAGAUACAACAGUCCAUUUGUGUGAGAAAACAGAUUGAAAUUAUACACCAGAUACAACACACAUUUGAGGUUUACUUCUUGUUUGUCAGAAUACAAAGGACUCUUUAUUUAUAAUGAAAAAAAUAUAAGAUACUUGUGUUUUAUUUA